AGUAAAGAUCUGCUCUCCCUCCCACUGUGGCUGGCCCAGGGCAUAGAGCAGCUGCAGGCCUUCAGAGAGGUCCCACACAUUGUCCUGUAGGUGGCAAUAGUGCCACCUGUUUGACUGGUGGGGCUGAGCCAAGGACUGGAAGAGGGAGGAGGCAGACUACUUGGAGAGAAGCUGUAAAGGAGUACAGACCAGAAAGCAGAGCAGAGCAAAGAACAGAGCUGCGGCUGAGCAAAGGCCUCACCAUGGCUGAGUACCCCGAUUGCUGCUUCACCUGGGCUCGCUGCCUCUACGGUCUGUAUAGCUGCCACUGGAGGAACUGCCCAAAAGGGAAGAUGCCAACCAGCAAGUGCGACUGUGUCUGGCUUGGCCUGCUCUUCCUCACCUUCCUCCUCUCCCUGACCUGGUUGUACAUCGGGCUCAUUCUUCUCAAUGACCUGCACAACUUCAAUGAAUUCCUGUUCCGCCACUGGGGACACUGGAUGGACUGGUCCCUAGCAUUACUACUGGUCACCUCUCUACUUGUCACAUAUGCAUCACUGCUAUUGCUCCUGGCCCUGCUCCUGCAUGUCUGUGGACAGCCGCUGCAUCUCCACAGUCUCCACAAGGUGCUACUGCUCCUUAUUUUGCUUCUUGUGGCCACUGGCCUUGUGGGACUGGACAUACAAUGGCGGCAAGAGUGGGACAGCCUAUGUCUGUCACUGCAGGCCACCGCCCCAGUCCUUCACAUUGGAGCAGUCGCUGGAAUCACCCUCCUGGCCUGGCCUGUGGCUGAUACCUUCUACCGCAUCCACUCAAAAGGCCCCAAGAUUCUGCUACUGUUCCUAUUUUUCGGAGUCGUCCUUAUCAUCUACUUGGCCCCUCUAUGCAUCUCUUCACCCUGUAUCAUGGAAUCCAGAGACUUACCUCCCAAGCCUAGGCUGAUGGGACACCGAGGGGCCCCCAUGCUGGCCCCUGAGAACACACUGAUGUCCCUGCGGAAAACGGCUGAAUGUGGAGCUGCUGUGUUUGAGACUGAUGUGAUGGUCAGCUCCGAUGGGGUCCCCUUCCUCAUGCAUGAUGAGCAGCUAACCAGAACCACGGAUGUAGCCUCUGUGUUCCCAUCCCGAAUCACAGCCCACAGCAGUGACUUCUCCUGGACAGAACUGAAGAGACUCAAUGCUGGGGCCUGGUUCCUAGAGAGGAAACCCUUCUGGGGAGCCAAGCAGCUGUCGGAGCCUGAUCGGAAAGAAGCUGAGAAUCAGACAGUACCAGCAUUAGAAGAGCUAUUGAAGGCAGCAGAAGCCCUCAACCUCUCUGUCAUGUUUGACUUGCGCCGACCUCCACGAAACCACACAUACUAUGACACGUUUGUGAACCAGACACUGGAGACUGUGCUGAGUGCAAGGGUGCCCCAAGCCAUGAUUCUUUGGCUACCAGAUGAAGAUAGGGCUAAUGUCCAACAACGGGCACCCAAAAUGCACCAGGUAUAUGGACAGCAGAGAGGCAACAGAACUGAGAAGCCCCAGUUUCUCAAUCUCCCCUAUCAAGAUCUGCCAUUGUUGGAUAUCAAGGCACUACACCAAGAAAAUGUCUCAGUGAACCUAUUUGUAGUGAACAAGCCCUGGCUCUUCUCUCUGCUCUGGUGUGCAGGGGUCGAUUCAGUCACCACCAAUGAUUGCCAGCUGCUGCAGCAGAUGCAUUACCCCAUCUGGCUUAUUGCUCCUCACACCUACUUAAAGAUGUGGAUCAUUACUAAUUGUGUUUCCAUUCUGCUGCUUUUGUGCACCUUCUUCUUUCAAAGGAGAUGUGCUAAGAAGAGAGAGAGAAUUGGGUUAGAAACAGCAGUGCUGCUGACCAGGAUCAACAAUUUCAUGACAGAGUGAACAUCCUACCCUGCCCUUCCCCUUUCUGGAGUCUAAGGACUGUCUUCACUGGUUACCUGCAAAAUGAAAUGUCUUGGAGUAGUGAGUUUUGGUGGGGGGCAACUUUACCAACAGGAUGUUUAAAACAAGGAGACUUUCUGUCGAGAUGAUGAGCAGGCCUCAAGGAGCCAGGAAAUCUGCUUCCUUGGAGUUUAGACAUGGGAUGGGUAGGAAGUCAGUGAGUCAUGAGAAGUUUCUCAUAAAAUGAAACUAGAAUGAGGAAGUAAAGGGACAAUUACUAAGAUAAUGUCUCAGAUUUGUGUACACGAAUUCUUGCAUAGAAGGCACAGGGUGUCAGGGGUGGAACAGCCUGGAAUACUGACAGAUAAAAUGACCUUUUCUGGAGAAUUAACAGAUGAUGGAGAUAUAGUCCCCAUUCUAUGCACUGUUUUUGCAUCUUUGCAAUUCAGCAAGGCAUAGGAGAUAAAGAGCCUAUCUAGUCCCAUAAUUUUGGGUUUAAAGGUGACUUUCUGCUGUACACUUCCUUUUCUAUAAGAUUGGAUGGUUUCUGUAUCUUGUCUGUUAAUCUGUUACUCAAUGAAUUUAACUUCUAUGUGA